AUGUACUAUAACGGCAACACUUUGAGCGUUCAUGCGAGUGAUCACAUGCUGAUAGUCACCUUCCAAGACGCCAUUGUGCGAUACUGGCUCGUCGAUACAGGGCCAAUCUCUGUGGAGUACUGGCGAUGGAAGGAAUCAGCUUGUCCAAGUCUCUCGUUUGGCGUCAACACCUCACCUUUCUGGGAUAUUAAGAAACAAAGUAACAUGAUGACCGUCGUUUGA